AUGGCCAAGUCAAAGACCAAUCCCCGCGAUUCAGAGGGUGUAGUCAGAUGUCCUGGUCACCAUGAACCUGCUCAAAGACUUGUUAGCAAGACUGAUAGGACCAGAGGUCGUGCAUUUUACAAGUGCGCAAAGCCCGUCAAUUCGGAACAGUGCGACUUUUUUUAUUGGGAGGACGACCUGCCCCCUGCCCAACCGCAGGCUGCUGCGCCUGGCUCUUCUCAGGAGUCCCCUCGUCCUUCCCAGAGGCAGCGAGCAAUUAUGGCUAGAACCCCCUCGGCACCGUCGUCACCUACGAAGCGGCCUCGUUCCGCCACCCCUCCUGCCACUCCGACGCGUCAGGGGCCCUCAUACGGCUCCCAAGCUCUACUGUCGGGCUCCCAGAUGACGCCCUCAAGCAAGUUCACGCCGUCACAGAAGGAGAGGCGUCUUAUGGAUAUAAAUGCUGGUCUUUCAGCGCGGAAGUCUAUGGAGAGUCUGCGAUCUGUUCCCCCCUCACCGUCGAAGCGCAGCCGCAUUGAAAGCAGCGAGGGAGGUCACUCUUAUUCGCCGACAGAAGGCGACGUAGGGGGUCAAGAGGAGAGCGUCGACGAGGAUGCCGUGUGGCUCAGUCACCAAAGUCAGGGCGAAGACGGAGCUCGUCCUUCAACGCCGCCGCCUUAUCACUUUCGGGGAACCCAUCCUGAAAUUCGCGGGCCGCGCACCCCUGGGUCCUCCAGUGCACAUGGACGCAGUGAGAAUGACAUGCUUCUAACGCCACCGCAAAGCUCCCAGCUGGCCUAUGCAUCCUCCAGUCAGCUCAGCUAUGCGGACGCCCCCGAUUCUCCAACGAAAGAUAAGGGCAAGGGGAAAGCCUUGGAUGGUUCGAAUCUACUGUGCGACAAGAUACAGGCAGAUCCUGAGUAUCCAUUCUACGAGCGUGCCGCUGCUCUGCAGGGUUCCACGCAGACAGGCGGCAGCGUAACCCUAGAUCAGCUGUCAGCAGACGUCAUUAAUUCGCGAAUUGCUGGAUUGUCGAACAUACCGGACUACGUUCGAAAGCUUGAAGGAAAGCUUGCCGCCGCUCAGCAGAGUGUUCUCGCAAAAGAGCACAGGAUUGAAGAACUGGAGCGAGAACUGAAGCAAGAGAAGUUGUCGAUUCAGAACCAGAAAAACACCUAUAUGGAGAUUAUUUCGACCAUGCAAGCAAGGCGUGAAUGA